GUUCUAACCACUGUCCUUUUUGCAGCUAUAUCCAUGUUAUCUUCCAGACCUGUUGUCUUCAAGACCACUGAUUGUAUCUGGCAGAUUAUUCGGGAACUGUCCUGACUCUGUUAAAGUCAGCGGCACUUUAGCAGAUUCGAGCAAUUUCGUGGUCGAUGUCAAAGUACAAAAAGCAAAGGAUUUUCCUUUGGAAAGGGUUUUUGCAAGGAGACAAAUCAAAAUACUAACUGCCAAUGCCUGGUGUUCCGGAAGCAAGCAACUGGAGGAGAAGGUUGUGAAAAUGAGCUUGCAAACAGGAGUGCCUUCGGAGUAUACCAACUUGAUUUUGGUUGAAAAUAAAAAGGAGAGGCAGACCUCUAAAUUAGAGGUAGCAGAUGAGAAGACCUCUGACUUGAAUGUCAAGAAAAUCAUAUACCUUCGAGCGCUAGGUUUUGGUUUCGGCAACUUGAAGGCUACAAUGAACAAUCUUCCUGUGGAAGCAGCAGAACCCAAAUUGCAUGAAACUUCAGAAAUGGUAUUUGCAGCUGCUUCAAGCUUAUGCGGCAAACUAUGUGACUGUUGUUGUUGCAUGUGUUUCAUACAGUUCUGUUCUCGGGUUAACGAUCAAUGUGCUGUUACUUUAGCACAACUUUGUACAGCACUUGCUUGUUUUGAGUGUUUUAGUUUUUGUUGUGAAGUCUGUGGAGAAUGCGGCUAAUGGCAGCAACUACAUAACCAGAUCAGGUGUACCAGAUAUGUUGUUGGAUCGUCAUUUCUUAUAUGUAUAUAGUUGUAAUAAGAUACUUGAAGAAAUAAAAUAUAGAAGCUGAGAGUGUAAAUUUACAACUUCAAGUUGCGAGUCGACUGCUGCAAGAGUGGUCACUUAACUAGUCAUUUUUUGUCUUAUAUUGACGUAUUAUCUUUGUCAUUUUUCGUGUAUAAUCUUUAAAGUGAACGAGAGCCUUGAGCAACAGGAACAUUAUCUCCAUGUGAUCAAUAGGUCACGGGAUUGAGUUGUGAAAUUA